GCAUUAAUGAGCAGCUGUGAAAUGAAGCAAGACAGCAGUGGGAGGUGGAGAAAAGUCUGCAUUUGAGAGAUACUCUGGUUUCCUCCUGAGGACAACUGUGCUGCAGCAGGAACUUCAUUCAGCAAGAGCCAAAUUUUUAGACUCAUUCAGACAUCUGACAGUAAAGACAGAUACCUCAAAAGAUUUGUGACUAAUUCAUCUAUAAGCCUGUCCAAGGUACCUAUAUGUCUUUGAACACAGUCUGCCAGAACCUAGGCGUGAAGACUCACUGCUGCAGAAAUGCAGGAAGAUAGCUCUUCCACUUGCUGCUAUGUCCACACCACUGGAAGAGGCUAUGGACACCUUGAUCAGUAUUUUUCAUCAGUACUCUGGCAAAGAAGGAGAUAGGUACAAGCUCAAUAAAGAAGAACUCAAAGAACUCCUCGCCAGUGAGCUCACUGACUUCCUUUCAGGCCAAAAGGAUCCCCUUCUGAUUGAUAAGAUUAUGAAAGAUCUGGACUCCAACAAUGACAACGAAGUGGAUUUUAAUGAAUUUGUGAUUCUGGUUGCUGCUUUGACUGUGGCGUGCAAUGACUUUUUUGAAGAACAGCUAAAGGAAGAGAGCAUUUAGAAAUGCAGAAUCAAUCUCCCAGUGCGAGUGUAACUGAAACCUGCCCAGUUAGGUAGCACUCCUCAGCCUCUUGUGAGUGCAAACCAUCAUCUGCUAAACUGUUACUGCUGCAAGAUCCUUACGGAUCAGAUCGGCAGCUGGUGUAAGCUGGACCAAAGCCAGCUUGCAGGGCUUGAGAUCUGGCUUGUGAUACUUUCCAUCUUUUGCUUCUGCCUCUCUAAUGUGCAUUCAUCAGUUCCCCAAAUCACUGGCUUGGCAUGACAGACCAUUUGAGGGGUGUUCUGUGUUGAUGCCGGCAGUAUUUUAAUAUUGGUGUGAAGUAAAAGGAGCGUGAAUGUUACUUCUAAACGUUCUGAAGGGGAAAAUUGGCAAAGAAAUUGGCAAACUUGUGAUUUGUUUUUCAGUCCUUCUGUAACAAACUAAUGUUUUUGCAGAUCUAAAAGAGCUGUUUGUUUUCUUUUCAUCAUUUCUGCUUACUCUAGGCCCCUUUUUAGACGCUGCUGUGUGCCUUCCUGCACUCUCAUAUAUCAGAUACAGUCAGAACUGCCUCCUGCUUGCCUGAGCAGGCUGAACUAUUUGACAUUGUUAUGGGUUCAUUUUCUUCACAUCUCCCAGUUGGAUGGGGUUGUGUUUGAGUUGUUGCAUCCCAAUAGUCCACCUCUUCAUUCAGAGUAAAUUAAUUUAUUCAUAUGAUAAAAUAUUCAACAACAGAGGAUUUAGUCAACAAAGUGCUCUGAGAGUCGAUGGAAGAACUAGGUCUUUAGGGGAGAUGUAAGUGCCUUUUGUUUGCACUCUUAAGAGGAAGACUCUUAGAGGACAAGUUGUGGGGGUUUUAAUGACAGCAUCUCAGGGUACCACUUUAUAAUAUGAGUCACCUUAUAUAAAGUGAUGUCAACCUGUGCUCAUCCAGCUCACUGCAUGGUCAAAACCAUUGCUGGGUGCAGUGCAGAGAGAGCAGUGGGACCCCAGGGCCGGGCGUGGAGAAAGUGGGACAGUCCCUUCCAGUGUUCACCUCUGCUGGCCUGAAUGACCAGGUACUCCGGGGAAGGACAUAGGGAAUGGGACAGGGGGCUUUUCCUCUCAUUGUUCCUUAUUUUGUUGCUAACUUUCAAGGCCUCUGGAUGAAGUGAAAAUUUUC